AUGGCUGGUUUGCAUCUCUCCACUGAAGAAGAUGAGAUAAUGUUUGAUGACGCACUCACGGAGGACUCCAAUGUCUCUGUCGAAUUAUGCUUGGUGGGACGUUUUCUUACGGAGCAACCCAUUAUUUUCAAUCUGAUGAGAAGUCGUCUGGCGAGUGUAUGGCGACCGGGAAAAGGUGUUUUCAUGAAAGAUAUAGGCCAAGGAAGAUUCAUUUUCCAAUUUUUCCAUGAGAUUGAUUUGCAGCGGGUAUACGAUGGCGGCCCAUGGGCUUUCGGAAAUUUUCCGUUGAUUCUCCAUCGUCUCGAAUGGGGGGAAUUCCCUCUCAGUGUCCCUCUAGAUGUUCUGCCGUUUUGGGUACAAAUUCAUGACCUCCCGGCAGGAUAUCUCUCCGAGGGUGUGGGGAAACUUCUUGAAAAUUUUAUUGGUAAGUUCAUGGAAUACGAUAGCUCUAAUUUUUCUGGGGUUUGGCGUCAAUAUACGCGCAUUAGAGUGGGGGUCUGUGUGACGGAGCCCAUCAAAAGAUUCAAGCGAAUAAAGAAAAAAGAUGGAUCGUCCUUUGUGGUCAAUUUCAAAUAUGAAAGGUUGAAUGUUUUUUGCUUCCUCUGUGGCCGGCUUGGACAUUCUGAGAGUUUCUGUAAACUCAUGUUCAACUCAGCUACAAAGGAUACUGUAAGGGAGUGGGGAAUGUGGCUGAAAGCGGCAGAUCGACGAGCUGUUUCUCUCGCUGGGGAUAAGUGGCUCCGAUCAGACAAGGAGGAAGGAAACCCUAUCCAUGAAGGGGUGGCGGCUAGGGUUGUUCAAGAGCCGUUACAGACUGCCCCUAAAAGGAAAGAGCAAGAGAAUCUGAUGAUAUCAUUGAUAUUCAAUGAGAAUUUGAACUCUGGAAAUAAAAUCCCUAUAAUCCAGCAAUGGCAAGCGUUACAAGAUAUUAGCCAUGCAUAUCAUGGGCAAGAUUCUACGAUGAUUGAUGAAUCAUCCCUGGCCUACGUGGAAGAGAGAAAGCACAGAUGUGGCGCCACGUCUGCAGAUUGCAAUAUUCCCACCUCAUCAGAGAGCCUUCCUGCAGGUGUUACCGAGGAUAUCUCCGAUGACCAAAUUAUCUUAGUGGCAGGCUCCGGCUACGGAGUUGGCCGGGUCCAAUGA